GUAGCGAGCAUGCGUGCGUGCGCGUGUUCCGGCGAGGCCGCGCGGCUGUCCUCUCAGUUCGUCCUCCUGUUAGGGAACCCGAACCCGGAUCCGGGCGAGUAGCCGACUUCUUCUCCCCGCCUAGGGAUACCCACAGAGCGGCCGGGAGGGAACGCUGCUCCUGGAGUGGUGGGCAGCUGUUGGGAGCUGCUCAGGCUGGAGCCACGGGAUUUUAAAGGACCUGUCUCUGUCAUUUUUACUUUUAGGAUUUUGGCCAAAUUGGGCGAGGGUACAAUAUUACCACUUACCCCUUCUCACCGAGGAAGAGCGGGAGAAAGGGUAUGGCACAGUCACAAGGCUGGGUGCGAAGAUGCUUCAAGGCCUUUUGCAAAGGCUUCUUUGUGGCGGUGCCUGUGGCAGUCACUUUCUUGGAUCGGGUGGUCUGUGUGGCUCGAGUGGAGGGAUCGUCGAUGCAGCCUUCUUUGAAUCCUGGGGGAAGCCAGUCCUCAGAUGUGGUACUUCUGAACCACUGGAAAGUGAGGAAUUUUGAAGUACAGCGUGGUGACAUUGUGUCAUUGGUCCUCUCCGUGCUUUCGCCACCUCAAGUGUACUUCCUGUCCUAUAUUUGCAGUUUCUGAGUGCCUACUACAGGUAAAGCUUUGAUAGUUAACAUUAAGCCAGUGAGUCUUAUCAACAUAUAUAAUGAUUAUUACCUUCACUUAUAGAUGAAAUUCAGUAAUCCUCCUAAUACCAACAGAAGGAAAUUAGUAGUCUAGACACAGUGACACUCACCUGAAGUCCCAACUAGAGCUUGGAGGGGGGGGGCUUACUGAAGCCACUACUGUCUUGAACUUCAUAGUGCAACCCUGUCUCAAAAUUCAAAAAAAAAAAAAGAAAGAGGUGGGGGAGAAACAGGAGUAAAAGAAUGGGAUAUGAAAAGAAACAGAAGAAAUAUAUAUAUAGAGUGGGGAUUAAAGCCCUAUCGGUUUCACAGCCUAAAACCUUAAGCUCUAGGUUCCUCCAGCUAUGAUUGAUUCUCUUCCUACUGUACCUCUAUGGAAAAAGAGAUUGUUUUCCCAUUACUCUAAAAGUCAGCCACCCUCUCAGCCAUGUCAUUCCAUCAGUAAUGUUAGGGCAGCCUGGAGGUUGUAGCUUGGUGUUGCUGAAGAUAAGCCUUCAUGUUAUAUAAGAGAAAAUUAGUCCUGCUUGGGAGUCCAUCAUCUUCACAAGAGUUCUCUCUAGAUGAAUAAUAUCAACCGUAAUAAGGUGAGAAACGCAGCCCCAGGUUCUGUGCCAGCUGCCUUGCAUGUACUCUCUCAUUAAUCUUUACUGCCUCCGCCUUGAGAGGUACGGUUGUCGCUGUGUUAGGAUUCCGAAACGGAAGUUUGUGAAGAUGAGUAAUAGGCAGAGCUGUGAUAUAAUUUCAAGGUUGUUUCAGUUCAGAAUUCAUGAGCCAAGAUGACUGCUUAUAUUUUAUUAUUAUCUGAGUAAGGCCUGUGAAUCUGAACUAGAAAAUUGGAGUAAGUGAACCCACUGAAUCAUGGUAGAAGUGAUUCUGAAUAGAAAAAAAAAGUUAGUUUAAGCAUGUUAGUACAUACCUAUAUUAGCACUUACCAGGUAUAGACAAGAAGGAGAAACUUGGGAUGUGGAAUAAAACCUCAUCUCAAAAAAUAUUAAAGGCAUAGAAGCCUGAUGACUUUAUAAUUUGCAAUUUCUGACUAAAAAUUUAAAACUAUAAUGUAAGACAUAUCUUAUAAAAUACAGGAUAGUCUCCUUAAUGGUUUAUUUUAUAUUUGUAAAAUUAUUUUAUAUUUUAUUUAUUUAUUUAUAUUUGUAAAAUUUUAUUACUUUUUCAUAAUGCCUACAUUAUUAAAACUGUACAAACAAGGUGACUACAAAAAUUUUAAGGGAAAUAAGUUAUAUAACAGUUGUACAUAUCUUACAUAGUGGAAGUUAAAAUACCAGUUACUGUUUCCGUAUCACUGAGUCAUGAAGUAUAGCAUGACCACAGUCUUCUAGGGAGUUGGGAUGAGAAAUAUCACAUGUACUUCAUGGACUAUUCUUGUAGGCUAUCACAGGGAAUUAAUUAUUCAUCUUCUGAGGUUCAGGGUCGCAUUAUUUUCCUAUUUGUAUUGAUAUGGUAUCCCUUCCAAUCUUAUUACUAUAAAAAGCAUUUCUACCAGCAAUAUUUAUUUACUCAGUGUAUAGUGUUUACUUUGUGUGUACUAUGGUUCAGACGUUAUGCUUGGAAGGAAAAACUAUUUCUUUAAGUUGGCUAUUUAGUUUCUUUUUUGGUGAAUUCUCUUUUCUUCCCUUAAAGAAUCAUCAGUUCUCAGUUGUAGUUACUCAUAUUUUCUGUCUAUGCCUUGAGAGGGAUCGUUUCAUAUUAGAAUAGUUCAACCCAGGUAGCGUUAUGGGGACUGACUUCUCUUCCUGGUCAUAUCAACUGAAAAGUCAUUAUAUGAUAUAGAGAUGUAGGGUGACUGUCAGACUAUUUGUGCCAGGUGGUCCAGGAAAGCAGCCCUUUAAGAAUAGAAAAAAGAAAACUUGAUUAUCCUCCUAGCCCGUUUCUCUGAAAGGUUUUGGAGUUUUCAGGCAGAUAAGAGAACUCAGGUGAAGUCUGGGAGUUUUCUAGUGUCAACAAGACUGAUUUGGGAGUCCCAGGAUUCUGGGUAGUUAGGGUUGUAGGGCAGAGUGGAAGGACAGCUACAAAUUCAAAUCUACAGAGAUCUGAAGAUGGUACCUAAAAGCUUUAGCUUUAAUUUCCAUCUAAGAAAAGAAAAAAAACCAGAAAGCCAGAGAACGAAUUAUUAAGAAAUAACACAGGGAAAAAUCCUUAGAUAUCUCAGCCUGAUUCUUAUGUGUUUCACUUCGGGGACAGAACCUUCAGAAUUGAUGAGAAAUUAGGUGAUUAGAGGAGAACCUCUUCCCUUACCCCUGCUGGGGAGCAAAACCCGCUCUAGAGGAGAUGUCUGGCAGCUCUUCCCAAUGAAGGCUAAAAGCACUCUUGUAGUGUUGUGAAAUAAUUCAGUUGUGUUCUGUAUAACACUCAAGUGUGCUCAUCACAAAACAAGCACAUCCGGGUCCCAAAGAGGAGAACAGUGUUAAUGUGGAGGAACUGAUGAAAACGACUGCUUAUAAAAAGGCACAGGCCAGGUCUCAAAACAAGUAGAAAGUAAGCAACACAAUAGAGAACUGAAAAUAAUAAAUGACACAUCACUCACCUGUGGGUGCCUCAAAAGAUGGGCAGUUAGUCUCUGAAGAGAGAGAGGCAAAAGGAAGGAAGAAAGAUGAAAAGACUGUAAUUGCUAGCAAGCAUGUGUUUUUAAAAGAUAAAAAAAAUUAUAACUUAACCUUAAGAAAUAUAAAGUGACCAAAACCAGCAGGACUAUACUAAAGCACCUGACAAUCAUAGGCUCCAUUCUAGUGACAAGGAGAACUUUUUAACUCAGACAAUAAGAGUCAUACAAGCAGAGCAAAUCUGUAAGGCAGAUUAGAAACCAUGCAGUGCUGAGAAGGAGAGAUAGUAAGUACUGGGAGAGAGAAGUUUGAGAAGAGAGUUUGUAACUCAUCAAUCAUUAAUCAAAUAUUAAUAUCAAGCAGAAAUGCACGUGAAAGCCUGUUCACAUGUAUCAGACUGAAAGAACUCAUCACUGGCGUGCCCAUACAGUAAAGGUGUUAAAUAAACCCAUUUACAACAGAGUUAUCAGGCAAAAACAUAAGCCCUGAAAGGAAAGCACUGAGAUUGUAAAAGCUGCCACACACAAUCUCUCUCAUGUCUGUAUUGUCUAGACCUUUUGCAAUUGUGAUAAAUUAUCUCAGAAACAGCCUAAGGAUGAAAGAACAGCAGAAGCUUCCAGUUUUGCAAGGUUCAGUCCAUCCUGAUGUGGAGAGUAGGGUAGGUCCUAGCAGCAGCCAUCAUGGAAAGCAGGGAGAGAAAGGAGGAAGUAGAGGAGAGGAGGGAGGAGUGGAGGGGAGGGGAGGGGAAGAGAGAAGAGGAGAAUGCAAAUGCCUGAACUAACAGGGUUUCUGUUCUCCCCGUUUAUCCUGUCUGGGACCCUAGAGCAUUGGAUGGUGUGCCCACUUUCAGGAUAUGUGUUACUUUUAUGAAUUUUUCUCUUAGAACAUCCUUGCAGUCAUACCACGAGGUUUACUAAACUAGUCUGUUAGGUGUUUCUACAGCCCGUUAAGUUGACAAUCUGGAUUAGCCACCAUAUUAUUUAACUGCAUAUAUCACAAGUAAUAGGUGUAAUGUGAAAUUUAGGGCAUAGAUAGGAGCAAAAUGUACAAGAGAAGAAUUACAAUGGCUCGGAUUGGGAAAUUCAAGUAUAUUUUUUACAAAUGUUGUAUAUAGUGUAUGACGCUUUAGAAGAUUAUUUGAAGAUGGUCUAAAAUGAACUGAGGGCACAUUCCAUAAAAUUUGAAUUAACUAUAAAACAAAAAAUGCCAACAAUUCACUAAUAAAAUAAAAUAUUUUAUUAAUUGUACAGUUAACUGAAUAAAAAGGGGCAGAUCAUAGUUGGAAAUGAGUAGGAAGAGUAGUUACUAGGAUCUCUUACUAUUUGCUUUCUCGGCUUUAUCCCAAAGUUUAAACCGACAGCCCAAGAGGGCUUGACAAAAUGAAAGAGCCGCAUUAUUCUGGACUGGUGUAUAUUUCAGAGUCAGACCUGCUCAGUUCUGGGUCAGCCUUUCUAGUCCACCUCUGACGUCAUAUUGCUUUUACACCUGGAUUUUUUGUGGGUUUAACUCCAAAGUUUUCUUUUUAUAAUUUCUCUCCCAAAUAAUCAAUGCAGUGAAUUAUUCCUUAAUAAUGUGUAUGUUUCUGUAGAACAGUUACUGUUUUACUGUCUUUACUAAGAAUUGCUUAAAUCGAUGAAUUUUGGUUAUCCACGGUUUUCAUUUCACCUAGGUAUAAAUAUACUGAUAAAAAUUUUACAUUCUGACUUUUCUCUGAAGUUUCUUAGAAAGGAGUUUAUGUUAAAUUGUUAUUUGUUAUUUGUGUUGCCUGUACUUAAAAGAGUGAACAAAAGACUUGUGCAAGUACUGAAUGUCUUCACGUAAUUUGUAUUUAUUGACAUUUCUUUCCCACUAUUUGUGAUAUUGAAUCCUUGUUUACAAAUUCAUCUUGUAUUAGUAUGAGUUUUUGUUUUUGAGUUCUCUCUCCUGUGUUUUUAUUUGGGAUUGUCCUGAAAUUUAGAUGGAUAUUAGUAGAUAGAUUUAGACUGACUUCAUAGAUAGCACACUGAAAUUUGGCAACAUUUAUUAUACAAAAGCAUCAUACUUGGCAGUUGUAUGGUGUUCCCUGAGAAACUUCUCAAACUGUCUUUUGGUUCUCCUUUAAAGGCCAACACCUAGGACCAUUUUUAUGGUGGCUCCAAUGCAUAUUCAUUCCUGCUCGCCAUCUCACCUUAUUUUAUGUUGGCUACUGCACCACCCUUUAUUCAUCACAAGACAAUAAAUGUUUACUAAGUUCGUAAUGCAUGUUGCUCUGCAUAGAUAAAUGGGUGUGGACAUGUUUCCUUGUGGGACUCACACAGUGUUGAGAAAGGCAGGUUAAAUACAUAAACACAGUGGACGGACCAGUGAAGUGAGAGAAGGGAGCAAAGUGUAACCAAAGAGGCCGAGGCCUCCUCUAGAAUGACUAAGCAGAGGCCUUGCUGGGGACGUAACAUUCAGCGUGCUCAGGAGGAUUACUAGGUUGCUAGAACCUCUAUAAGUACUUAUAGUAGGGAAAGCUUUUUCAAAGAGUCAAAGAAGACCAAUAAUCAAGUAAAGGCAAAGAGUAAAGUAAUCUGAGCACAUGAGGUGUUCCUACUUUGCACGUUCGUGUUACAGAAAGUAUGAAUUGGUGUGAGUGAUGACUCUGAGUUGAUGAUAGUUGUAUGAAACACAUAAUGCAGAAUGUUAAAAUACAGGACCUUAGCACCACAGAAAGUGGAGCACUUAUCAAGUCCCUCCACAGACAGACCAAAGGCAGUGGGACACUUGAGCAACUCUUGAUUUCAGUAUUAGGACUAUCCUCUUUUGUAUCCAUAUGUGCACACAUAUUUAGCUAUUAUUCUUUAGAUAAAGCUCAUUCUGUUGAUUAAAGUGUUCUAGAAAGACACUACCAAAGUCAAUAUAUAAAUAUUUUUAUCAAGUUCUCUGAAGCAGAGCAGGUCAUCGUCCACUCUCCCAUUAUUGACUCAUGGUCUAAUGACAUAGAGAAGUCAGUCAGUUUGAUAUUAGACUUGUUAAUGUGAAGCAAGAAACAUUUUUACAUAUUGAUUUUUAUUUAUAUACAAAUAUUAUGCCUCAGGUGGUGGGAAUAUUGGUAUCCUUGAACUAAUAAUAAUGGCCUAUAUACUUUACUCUAAAUUACCUCUUGAGAGCACACAUACGUUUCACUUGUGAUCUCUGUAGCCUAAAGAUUAAAGAAUUCUGGUUGUAUUCUUUUUUUUAAGUCUAAUUCCUAUGAAACUCUGUAUUGUGGCUUGAUGAUUAUCUUGAGAAUGUUUAGUUCUCAAGUGUCUUAGUUACUUCCUCGUUUCUGUGAUAAUGUAACUUGAGGAAGAAAAUGCUGAUUUUGGCUCGCAGUUCCACCACUAUAAUCUAUUAUGGUGGGAAGACAUGGCAGACAAGAUAGGCCAUCAUGCUGGAAACCGGAAGUUAACUUGUUACACUUCCUGUACACUCCAUGCCUAGCAGUCAGAUUAUAAAGCCUCAAGUCCCACUUCCUGUGGCUAUCUUCUUCCAGUCCGCCCUGCCUCAUAAAGGCUGUAAAACCUCCCCAAACAGUGCUGAGAAUUGGGUAUUAAUUAUUCAGGUACAGGAGCCUGUGGGGGUACAUUUCAAAUUCAAAGGACACCAUCCAGACAUCUUGGAAUUCAUUCUUGCUCCAGCACUGUCUUCUUUUCAUCAGUUUUAUCCACUUGUUUGUUAAAUUACAUUGCACGUCUAACUUUGGGAGCCUCUUUGGGCAGGAUUCAUCUUGUAUGUGUCCCAGGGCCUGGUGACAGUAAGUGGAUCCUUGGGAGCGUUAGUGGUAUUUUGUGUUCUCAGUGAAUGCUUUCACUGUAGCUUUAAGGCCAAAUGCCGUGCGCUCUAUAUCAACCCUUCCUCAGGUAGAUACUGCUUGAUGUGUAGGAGAAUUUCUCUCGCACAAUAUGACUGAAGCAGUGCAAGUGCUGCACACACCAAAGGCUCUCUUCCACACUCUUCCCAGGGCAGAUUUCUCUGGAAGUUCUUCUGCCUCUUCCUGUUUGCAUUUUGGCUUCCCUGGCCUUUUUCAAUUCUUUUUUCUUUUCUUCUUCUUCUUUUUUUUGUAGGUUGAUAAUUUCUCCUCUCUCUUUUUCCACUAUCCUUUUGUUAGCUUCUUGUCACUGUAGCAGAUAAUUUGAAUAAUUAGCAUGCAUGGAAGAAAUAUUUACUUUAGCUCAUAGUUCUUGCUUAAUUCUGUUGGGCCUAGGACCACAUAGUGCGUGAGGAUGAGACCAUGUAAGGAAGCCGUUAGCUUCCUGGUGAUCAGGAAUCAGAAGAGGAGGAUAUACUGGGGUAUCAGUGUUCCCUUCAAGGACCAACCCCAGUAUCCUAACAUGCUUUCCCCAGACCUCACUUCAUAAUUGCAAUGGUGGCAUAGGCUGAGGACUAAUCCUUUAGCAAAUGAGCCUUCCAGGGACUUAGAAGAGCUAAGCUAUAGCACUCUCCUCUCUCCUGGCACUCAUCUGUAUUUCAUUAUCUCCAAUAAAGCAGAUCUUAUGCCUUCUGCCUACUUUAUACUUUGUAGUUCUCAGGCCAAGUAUUUAAUUUUCACAGAAUUUUUCCUUCUUCCUUCCUUCGAAACCUCAGCCAAAGACACGCUCCUUUGCUAGUGCUACUUUUAUUUAGAGCGCAUCUCGGUUUCUCACCAUACACGUGUUGGUUUUAGUCUUUAAUUACGGUGUCUUACUCUUAUGCCCAUUCAAUACACUGAGAGUUCUCAGAAGCUAUUGUAGCACUGCGGUGUCUUCAGAGCAUGGCUCGCAUGCUGGUAAGUAAAUACAUGGCAAACACCCAGUUGAGUCAGCGUGAUACCACUUCAGCCUAAACUUUCUAUAAAAUACAGCUUGUAUUUUCCUAUAUAUAUUUAUUUAUUGUCAAAAUACUGUGAGAUUUAAUUUUUUAGGUCUUGCUGGAUUUGUGCAACUCCUUCAUAAUUAAUGAGGUCAUCAUCAGAACUUUGAUAAAAUAAGCAUAAAGUAACACUUAGUCUUACUGAUGUUCCUUCUUAAUUCCCUCCUACUCAGCUCUCUUUAGUCCCCAGGAUCCUGUGCGGUGUAGAGACGGAAGACACCGAGAGUGUCAGAGCUGAUUCCAAACCUCGGCAGGUACCUAGAAGUGAAGAGAUGAGUUAUUUAUAAGGCAAGGCGUUGUUCUCACUUUAAUUAAGUUGACUGUGGAGAUGGUCCAGGGAAAGAGGAUGCGGGACACUGAUGGCCCCAUUUCCAUGAUUAUCACAAAGUCCCGAGGUAGACACUUUCGGUUCUACAGCAUCGUAACAAAUAAAGACCCUAUCACCUCAGCGGCUCAUUAUUGCUUGUUUCCUGUUUGGUGAGUCCCAAAGAGAGCUUCUGUGAGUAGAGCUGGGAAUUUAUAAAAGCUUACAGAAUCCAUGUUGUUCCAUAAAUCUGAAAGCAAACCAUAUAUAAGCCCAUACUGCAUCACUGAGGAGCUGCUUUGGAGUUAUAUCAGAAGCUGAGACGAUGUAGCACAGAGAGUUUAACCAAAGCUUCCACAGCCCUCACUUCUACACUCUUGGGAUUUUCACUGAGAAGGUCUCCACAUUUAGGGCCCACAAAUUUAGGGCAAGUUUAAAACUAUUUUUUCAUGAGUUAAAAAGCAUCCCUCAGAUUGAAUUUCACCACAAUCUCCAUUUCUCAUAACUUCUAUUUCAUUCAGAUACCAUAAAAAUCUUCACUAUACCCAAUAUUGGGGGUCAACCUCCAAUAAAAUGGGCAGCUAAACUUUCCAUUGACUAUGAGAUGAGAAUUGAUGUGUUUGGGGGAAGCACAGAGUGAAUUAUUGCCAUAACUUUUGGAAGAGACAAAGCAUUUAGUAUUUCUCUUCCUGCUUAAAACCACGGCAGAUGUUGAAAAGGAAAAGUAGCUACCUUGAUCACCAGAUUGUGAUUUUCAAACAGAGAUCUAAUAAAAUUAUAAUUCGCUCAUGUUUAUCACUUGCUAUUCUAAACUUUGUCCUGUGGUUUAUAAGGGUUUUAUUUGUUAAUUCAUUCAUUCAUUCACUCAUUCAUUCGUUUGUCACUAAUCACAAUAGGGGCUGGAGAGAUGGAGAGACGGCUGAGUGAAGAAGAGAACUUGGUAUUCUUGCAGAGGAUACAGGCUUGGUUGUGAAUCCUAUAUCAUUCAGAAAUACCUGGAACUCCAGAGUCAGGGGAAAGACAUCCUCUUCUGACUUCCAUAGUCACCAUACAUGUGCUGCACAUGCAAACAGGCAGGUGCACAUGCAUACACAUAAUAUAGUAUGAGAUAAUGUCUUAAUAUUGCCUUUCCAAGGAAAUUUAGUGUUCUAUUUUGUCAUUUCAUUUUCUUCUCUUUUUUCCCCUCAGAAUUACUUUUAACUUGAUUAUAAAACAUUUUGUAACUAAAUAAAAUACCACAAACACCAAAAUUAACCCAAUCCAUUCUAUAUAACUCGGCUGAUAUCAUACAAUUAGAAUAGGGAUUCAGAACAAAAAGCUAAGAAGUUUCACAUUCAAUAUAGCAUUCUCAGCAUCAAAUAUGAUUCAUCUACUUAUCCACCACUAAACCCCACCCUCUCAUCCAACCAUCCACCCAAACGAAGAAACAUAAUUCCACGGCAGAAUUUGAACGAGAACAACCACUAGCCUUAUAUUCUUUCAUAACUAAUGUCCCCUACCACAUCCUCAUCCCCUUGUAUUUAUAUGUUAUUAUUUUCUUUUCUUAAUGCUGUACUGUAUCCACCUGUGAAUUUGUUUACACAUAUGCAUAUGUUGCUGCCCAUAUCUGAGAGGGAGCACACUGUUUAUUUCUUUCUGCUCGCCUGGCUUUUCUUUGGUAGUGUACAUUCUGGCACCAUCCUGCUCAUUGCUUAACUUCAGUUUUCUUUACCCUGACUGUGGGAAUGAGUUUGUAUUUCUCAAAAGAUUGAAAGUAGAACUAACACAUGACCCAGGUAUUUCAUUCCUUGGCAUAUUCAGAGAACUCCAUACUCUGCCUCAAAUAAGUUUGUAGCUCUAUAGUUAUGGCUGCUUCAUUCACUGUAGAAAGGUUUAGGAUCAAGUCAGCUGUCCAUCAGCAGAUGAAUUAAUAAUAGCUCUUUGGUAUAUGUAUGAAAUGGAGUACUAUUCAUCUCUAAAGGAAAUUUGGUAUUCCGUUUGUCAUGGCUUUUGAGGCAGGCUCUAUCACUGGGAUCUGGGGCUUGCCAUUUAAGCUACUGUGCCCGGGCCACUGGUAUCUUACCCGUCUUUCUCUGCUCUACACCAGCACUGGGAUACGCCUGCCCUGCCACAGUGCCUGCGUGCUCUACCUGGGUGCUGCGGAUCGUAAUUCAGGGCCUCUUCCCUUCAUAACAAGUACUUUAUUCACUGCUGACUACUCAAGUCUGCCUUGCUUUCUUUUCCCCCCUAGGAUGAUUUUUUAAGUUUAUUUUGAAAGACAUAAAUUAUCUUAUCCUUUACUCUUACAUAUACUCAUAUAUAUAUAUUUAUAUUUAUAUAUAUAUAACAUUUGUCAUUUAGUGAGCUGGCUAGUGUUUGUUCUCUCAUAAGAACAGACACUGAAUUUAACUGCUACAUUUUUUGUAAGUUAUUAUAAAAUGCCUAAGAAUUUUAGGUAAUUCCAGGGUCAUAAAUGUCAUUGUCUAAUAGAGGAAAUAUACAAAAUGCAGUAAAUUCCUCCAGGAUGUGCUCAGAUAACAGGGGGUGGAUAACUAUGAAUGUUAGUUUGUUCCACCUCCUUUUACCUUCUACUGUGUACAAAGGAUCAGACGUGAGUGACUCUUUUGGUUUUGGACUCCUGAAUCCGAACUACCAUGUCCUGAUCUUGGUUCUUGCUGGGAUCACAAGAACUUGUGACUUGCAAGAGUAAUUCUGAAUUUUAACAACUUUGGAGUUUUAGGCUCUUUUGUGAGUAAUAAAAAGAUUUUUUUGAGUGUGUUUGACUUGUUUUCAUAACCUACCUUUCUCCCAAUGCAAAUGGGUAGAAGCAACCAUGUCCAAUUAGCCACAUGUGUAUGUGUGUCCCAGUGCAGAUCUCCUGUUCGUUCCAUUAUAGCAGCCAUUUAUAUCCAUGGCUUUUAUUUGUUCUCUUGUCUUGUAGAAGAUAGGAAUUUUCCAUGAAUUUAAGGGAGGAGAAUUAUUUUGUGUUUUCCCCCCCAAUAUAAUGGUAAAAAUAUUUCAACAGCAGACACUGUUCUUAAUGAGGGGAUUCCUGGCUUCUCUUCCCAAAGGCCGUCCAGACAUCAUUUCUGAUAGAUUGCUCUGGCCUUGGGCUAGGUUUCAGUGGAAGCAAUGCAGAAAUAUCUGCUUGUUGUUGAAAUCAAAGCAUGUCAUGAUGGUUCUCCAAAAAUACAACUAUAAUAGGACAAAGUAUUCAUAAUAGAAAAUGUUCGGUUAUCAUCCCAAUGUAUCGAUUUACCUGAAUAUUAUUAAUACCACUUCUGAUUAACUUCAAAAUAGGCUGCAUGGAGCAUUUUUGUAGAUAGUGGAUUCUAUUUCCAAAACUCCUUUGUUGGAUGCAUCAUUAGAUAUAAAAAAAGCAUUUUAUUUGAUAAGCAUGUCUUUGACAUCUUUGACACAUGUAGUGAGCAUUAGCUUCUUAUUGCUUGCCUGAGCUAUUCGAAGUGGUCUGUCUCUGUCUUGUAGAGAAUACAAGAGUAGCAUUAUUAAGUGUUUCUCCUCUGGUUUUCUUUACAGACAGGGCUUUUGUGGGCACAUACAUGCCUCGAGAUUUUGUUUUAGCAUCACCUUUUGGGACCGGAUAUGGUUUCAUAUAGAACUGGUUUCUGUGGCUACUGUUUUCCACUGGGGUCUGUAGUAUCUGUAGAAGUAAUCAGUGCUUAGAGACUCAGCCUAAUAGGAGGCAAACAUGGUCUGCAGUGUCCUGUUUCUUCUUUGCUUAUUGAUUUGUGUGUGUGUGUGUGUGUGUGUGUGUGUGUGUGUGUGAUCUUUUGACUGGAGGCAGAAGUUUGUCGUCUUUUUUUUUUUUUUUUGGGUUCUUUUUUUUCGGAGCUGGGGACCGAACCCAGGGCCUUGUGCUUCCUAGGUAAGCGCUCUACCACUGAGCUAAAUCCCCAGCCCCUAAGUUUGUCGUCUUUUAAAGUAGUUAUCUGAGCAAUAAAAGAAACAAGCAUGGAGGGAUAAAGAAGCAGUGUUUAGGGUGAUGAGAGCCAUGAAAGGAAUGUGCUGACUAGAAUGUGUGGCUGCGUUUGGAGCAGCCAUUGGCGUGUGGCCUUACCUAUGCUUGCAAUGAGAUCUGCGGCCAUUGAAUGACAGUUGUUAGCUCUUUUCACGGAUUUUUCCUCCUUAGCAUGUUCUUUGUGUUUACUCUUCUCUCACCUAAAAUCCUUUUCUGUAUCUAAUUCCCUUGUAUUUUCCCCAGGAAUAGCAUUCUCCAAACACCUCCACUCCCUACUGACAUUCUCAUCUUUUCUUAUCUACUAUGGUUUGUUUUGCACCAUAUACUCCCUACAUUGCUCUCUUUAUUCUAAGCCAUCAUGCUGUUCUGUAUUAUUUCCACUUCCUUCCAGUUUAUUUUCUCAAAGAAUUCUAGAAGAAUACAGUUGUUGACAACAGAAACUAAGUACCUCUGAAUAAUAACCUCCUUGAAAGAUGAAUCAAAGUUCAAAACUCAUUAGCCCAUGUUUUUUGCUAUUUAUGUUGAUAUUGAUACAGUUAAAAUUUAUUACAUAAUAAUGUCUUAGUUCUAAUUAUGUCAUUAGAAAAUAAAACUACGUAUAAUGUUUCCAUUACAAUGGCAAGUUGAUCCUCCUUUACCAGAAAGUCAAAGAGUGUACCUUGGAGGUGGCUGAGUGAUCUCUUGUAAGCGGUAGUGGCCCAAUGAGUACCUAUUUGCAAACUAACUGCUUAAGUGAGCGAGAUUGCAGUGAGGUUGUUAUAGAACAAGAAAGCACUGGAAACUCUGAGUAUAGUUUGAGGCAAAGUCUUUUAAUUUUUCCUUGUCCAAAUGGAGACUAUAGAGUAUGAAGAAUAUAUUUUUACCCAAGUUAACCUAGCUAUUAAUUGAUAUGGAGUUUAUAAUGUCCUUUCUCUGCCUCCAGUCUGUUUUCUGCCUUGAUUGUAUCUUACCACAUUGGUCAAAAAUUGAAGAAGUAUUUUAAUAAUGUAGAUUAUUUUUGAUAUUAUAAGUAAAAAUAGGACUUGUUAAAGAACAUAUGCCAUGCUGAAUUGGAAACCACACUGAUAACUUUUUAAAUUUAUCAGUUUUAUUGCUUUAAACCUCUUUAGUGUGUCAUAGACUUUGAAUUUUUACUGAUAUAUAAUAUCAAAUUAGCUACUGCUUUUUAGAAAAUACUGAUUUAUUGAAUUAUAUGGAUUUUGAAUCUUAGCACCAUUAUUGUAUAUGUCUGCAUAUGAUAGGCUUAGUAGAAGGCACAUGGGCUGAAGGCUUGGUUCUCUUCUCUUGGCACUGAGAAGAGGUGACCAGAUCAUAAGCACAGUACUUUCAUCAGGGGAUUAAUAAAUGAAUGUGCUGUUAUGCUCAGUGAUAGCCAUGUCCCAUUGAAGGUUCUAUAUUGUUCCAGAACCCCCUGUCUCCCACACUCACCCACUUUUCCUGCAUGGCCAUCGUGGGCUAUGCAGUAUUGCUCUGUCACAUGCUUUCUGCCAUGUUGUUUUGCUCACAUGGGGCUGUAAAACUAUAGAUUUUAGCCAACCACUCAGAGGCUGAGACCUCAGGACUGUUUGGUUUAUCACAUGUGAUUUGUGAUAGUGAUUUAAAGUUGACUACUGCCUCGAACUCCUCAUUAUCAAGCAUUAACAAUUCUAUUUCUAACAUUAUCAGUGACCUGGUGAGGAGUCAUAUAGUAGGAAGCUUUUAUAGUUUUAUUUAUGUUUUCCUUACAGUUGUCCUAGCGACAAAUGCUUGUCAAAUUUCUAAUUCUGUGUCAAACAUUAGUGUCAUUCUUGAUGAUGGGUACUUCCCCUUGAAGCAACAGUUUCAUAGUAUUAAUUUUUGCAAAAGUAUCUGCUUCAAGCCCCCCUUCAAAUAAUCAUGACUCAUUGGUCGUUCCUUCAACUAAAAUGAAGUUUUAUGAGAAAUGUGCCUGCUUAUAAUGGAAAUAGCUACGCAGUUGCUGUUCCCUAAAACAAAGAGGCCUCCUCAGCGUUUGCUGAACUAGAUAAAGUAAGGGCUCCAGUUGUCACAAGGUGAGAAUGUUAGUAGGUGAAACCAGUAGUUUUGCUUUUGUUCAUUCACCGGCUUUAAUAAUGUCUACAGCAGCAGAGAGCAUUUUGACAUCCAUUUGUGCUGAGGCCUAAGUUUUUCGAAGGCUCUAGCAAGUCUUUCCUUGAUGCUCUGCAAGAUGAUGUCUUAGUGUAAUUGUGAUGGCAACACCCUAGGGUCCACUGAGAGCACUGUCUGAACCCCUGCUUUAAGGAAAGCAGCAAAUGAUGGUGCCUGGAUUUAUAUCCCCUUCUGCUAGUGCCAGGCUGAUUUUUAUAUACAAAUUGCAAUCACCAUUCUGAUUACAUCACGAACAAUUUUGAAAGAUUAACUCCAAAUACUUUGCUUCAACUUGCUCUGCUCCCACUUUUAAUAAACUCCCUUUCUGAUAUGUCACUGUCUGUUCUUAGUCAUUAGUGUGUUGUCAUUUCCAUGACAGAAGCGCCAAGUUGUGCACACAGUUUUCCAAGCCUACUAAAUUAAUUUUCCCUAAUCAAACACUUUUCAGAGAAUUUGGGGGGUUUUCAUUUUACUGGUAUGGUCUUCAGUUUACAAAGUGCCAGACCGUUGCCUGCUAGUUGUCUGUGCACUUUCAGGAGUGUUCUCUUUUUCAGGUCAUACCAGUCCUGUCAGGUGUCAGGAGAGUGUCAUUAUCUCUACAUGAGUAAAUGCAGGUUGAGAGUGAAGCCGGUUACAGGCCACACAGGAGGCAUGUGAGUGACAGAGGAGCUGAAGUGCUCUGUUCUCUGUUUCUAGUUUCCUGAACUGGACAGCACUUUUUCUUUCUAAAAUUUAAAAGAAAGUCCAUAUUUGCUCCACAGUCCAUGCAGCAAAAAUCUGUUCUUGUGUCCCAUCAUACCGCGCAUCCCUACACAGCCUGUUUACUUACAAAAAUACUGAGCAGUGAAGAAGCAGCAGCCACUCAAAAGGGUGUGGCGAAGGCUGUACAUUGCCCAGGAUUCUGUUAUAACCACGAGGGUUGAGACUUUUUUAACCCAAAUUAACAUCAGUCAACCCAGAUAUGAAAUGUUAGCUGCAAGAAGAAUUGCAGCAAACACCUUAAAGCCAGUUAAGGCAAAACAACGCAGGGAAGGCAGAUAUACUGAGGAAUUAAACACGUUAGGAAGGAGAGUUGACUGACUAAUGUGUAAUCAUAUGCUGGGAUUAAUAAAAGAAAAGGCUGAAACACAUGCAGCAGAUUAAUGAAAGGGGUUUUAGAGAGUUUACCAUAGCAAGGGCUGUUUGCGUAUGGUAAAAAUUAAUUAAACAUUGACAUGUUCUAUGUCACCAUAGACCUUCAUGCUCCAGAGGGUUGAAGUGAGCUUUCUAGUGUUCAUUUAAUUAGACUUUUAAACGUAUUUUUUUCUUAGCGUUUUUAGAAACAUUUUAAACUCUGAAAACUGCAUUGAAAAAUAACAAAGAUGCAUGCAGCCAUCGUUCAGCUUCAACACAUUUUAGCAUUUUGGUGUCUGCUUCUUUUUGUAAAGUCAUGAAUUAAAACAAAGAUAAUUAAAGUUCCCUGCAUACCCUUUCCCAAGGCUGUGCCUAUCAUGUGAGGAGUUAAUUGUUAAUUUACUGUCCAUUAGUGCUCAUUUUUAUAUUUUCAACAUCAACUUGAUGCUGUAAAUAUAUAUGAAUGAUAUAUAUGAAUUAUCAUAUAUAUAGAUGAAUUGUUGAUAUAUAUGAACAUUCAUGAAUCAUAAUGUUCAGUCUUAAUUUGUGAUUGUUUUCACCAUUGCUUUUGCCGUUUUCGCGACUCUGAUCCAGAUGCACAGUGUAUCUUCUGCACUGAUUCGUGUAUGUGUUCUACCCUGGCUAUUUAGGUCCCUUCCAUUAUGUCUGUAAGGAAUGAUGUCUCCCCAGUCACUCUGUUAGUUAUUUCAAAAGCACGUGGACAGCAGUUCCUUUGGGGUGAGCACCUACAGGUGGACUAAGUGGCUUCACUUUACUGAAUACAUCAAAACGUUCUCACCAAUGUCUUCAGUAUUUUAUUUACUUUACAACGUGUAGUUCACUUUCAGGUCAUCUCAACCAGCUGGGUAUUGUUGGUUGUCAGUUUUCAUCCACCUAAAUAUGCCUUUUGUAUUGUUGUUGUUUAUAUUUUUCCUCUUUCUUCUCUAAUGCUGCAGAAGCAGACAAGCUUUUUAAGUUCCUAAUGUGUUUUUCCUCUGAGAACCAUUCUUUUGUUUUACUUCCACUUUUCUGUUCAGUUGUUAAGCUGAAAAGUUGUUUCAUAGGAUGGAUAGUGGUCAUGUGAUAAUCAUUGUUUUCAUAUGAUGAUAGUGGUCAUGUGAUAAUCAUUGUUUUCAUAUGAUGGAUAGUGGUCAUGUGAUAAUCAUUGUUUUCAUAUGAUGAUAGUGGUCAUGUGAUAAUCAUUGUUUUCAUAUGAUGGAUAGUGGUCAUGUGAUAAUCAUUGUUUUCAUAUGAUGAUAGUGGUCAUGUGAUAAUCAUUAUUUUCAUAUAAUGGAUAGUGAUCAUGUAAUAAUCAUUGUUUUCAUAUGAUGGAUAGUGGUCAUGUGAUAAUCAUUGUUUUCAUAUGAUGAUAGUGGUCAUGUGAUAAUCAUUGUUUUCAUAUGAUGGAUAGUGGUCAUGUGAUAAUCAUUGUUUUUAUAUGAUGGAUAGUGGUCAUGUGAUAAUCAUUGUUUUCAUAUGAUGAUAGUGGUCAUGUGAUAAUCGUUUUCAUAUAAUGGAUAGUGAGCAUGUGAUAAUCAUUGUUUUGAAAUUAGACUAUCUGUGGCUUAUCUUACCUUUGCUCAUUUACUUUUGCUCGUGUGUGUCAUCCUAAAAAAUAAUUUCCGCAUAGCAAUGUCUUGCUUGUCUAGGCUCACUAGAUGUGCAGUAGUUUUUAUUGGUACAGGGAUUUUUCACCUGGAAAAAGCUGCAUUUUUCUAUUUUUUGCUUUCGAUAUUUAAGCCAAAUGAAUCUGGAGUUUACAUGACAUUAAGUCAAACCUCAGAUGCGCUGAGCUGUAGAAGGAGGCAGGGAGCAUGCAUUGUACUGACGUGAAGUGGGGAUUGAGUUCUACUCUCCUUUACCCACCUCUGUUCGUCCGCUGUCCAUGUCACUGCAGGUAUUUUCUCUUCCAUUUGACUGGUUACUCUAGCUGUCAGCCUCUGCUCUAGUGUCAAACCACCUUAAUAGUGGUAGUUCCAGUGUUUAAUAGGACAACACUUCACGUGCUGCACAUUGUACUAUAAAACCGUCUGGGUCACUCCAGGAUUCUUACUCUGCCUAUCAAUUUCAGAGAUGAUUUUCGGCUGAUGUGAGCCCUCCUUAUUUGUAUUUAUUUUACCUUGUAACCCUUCAAAUUUGCUGUCUCUAUGGCACAGGUUUGUAUUGUUGAAUACCGCACAACUGUGUACAGGUAAUGUUUUAUAUUUUUCCAUAAUGUGUUUACCUGUAUAUUCCUUGGCAACAUAUUUUUAUUAUAUCUGUUGUGUAUAGAUUCUUUUUUUGCUAAAAAAAAGAAAUUACUUCCAGACAUUAUUUCUGUGAUUGUCAUUGACUGAUCUUGAAAUGUGCUGCUCUUUGAAGUCUUUUCCCCUAACAUUUUGCUAUAGAUUAUACUAGAAUUUUCCUUUUGGUCUGUCAUAACAUCUAUAGAUAAGAGUACUGCUUUCAAAGUCACACAGCUUUGAUGUUAUUUAAUACUCUUAUGGUACGAGACCACAAUCUUCAGUGCAAUGUGGCUUGCAGCGGUGGAAUAGACUUCUUUAUCUUCUAUGGCACUAUGUCUGAAGUUUUAGUCAUUUUGUUACAUUUGUUUUGGUUCUGGAACAAUAUUUGGUCAUAUAUUGGUAUUGGUUAAACUUUGUGUCAACUUGUUUUACUCAGUUACCUGGUUGAACAUUCUUUUUUAUGUGUGUCAGCGAGGCUUUUCCUGGAUGAGGUGUUUGUUUGAGUUUAGACACCAAAUGACCCAUCUGAGUGUGACUAGACAUGAUCUAAUCUCUGAGGGCCUGAAAAGAGCAAAGGGAAGAGACUCUUUCCCUCUGCCAUGUAGUAGAAACAUGAGCCUUCUUCUCUCAGGAUCCUCCUAGUUCUCAGGUGUUAGAUUCUGACUAGCAUCUCCACCACAACCUCAUUCCCUCCCAGGGCUUUCGAACUACCGAAUUGCUUCACUAGAUCUCCAGCUUGCUUAUACAUAUUGUGGAAUUUACUCUAAAAUUUGUUCUAAAUCCCUACGCCAGUGUUUUUAGUCUAACUAAUAUGCAAAGCAAAAUUUAGCUUUAUGUAAGUUGUAAUACAUAUAACAUAAAUUAUGAAUAGAAGCUCACUUCUAAUGUGAAGAGGAAUUUCCCUUGUAUUCCUGUUCUGCUUUAGCCUGAUAGGAAGACAUGUGGUGCGACAGGACUGACUGGGAAGGUAUAAUAGAUAUAUACUGACAUUCUUUAGAAGGAGCCAAAACUCCAUCAUAUGCUGGAAACCAUAGUUUCUUUUUUUUUCCUUUAUUUACUUAUUUAUUUAUUUUUGUUAUUAACUUGAGUAUUUCUUAUUUACAUUUCGAAUGUUAUUCCCUUUCCCGGUUUCCGGGCAUACAUCCCCCUAAUCCCUCCCGCUCCCCUUCUUUAUGGGUGUUCCCCUCCCCAUCCUCCCCCCAUUACUGCCCUCCCCCCAACAAUUACGUUCACUCGGGGUUCAGUCUUGGCAGGACCAAGGGCUUCCCCUUCCACUGGUGCUCUUACCAUAGUUUAAGAGUUAGAUUUCAGAUUAAUUAUAUGGAAUUUCUUCCUUCUUAGGCAUUAUUGACUUGUGAGAAAAUACAUGAAAGUGUUAUUUUCACUGGCUGAAUCAGCCUCUAAUUCCUGAAGAGUAACGCAAUUGGUUAAUAUUUAUACUUUGUUUAACACCACUAAAGACUUGACCAUAAUUAGUUUUUGUUAUAAGCAGUAAAAUUUUGGUGAUAUUUAUUACAGUUGAGCAUAAUUCAAGCAGACACUGGUUUUCAACAUAGAAUAUUGAUAACUAAGGUAAAAUGUAAACAUAUUGCAAGUGAUUUCAUUAUUUUAUAAGAGAAGAUAGCUUAUGAAAUCUUAGUAGACUAUGUAAGACUAGAGUGUCUCUUAUAUAUACAAUCUAUAAUAAUUCUUGAUAGUACCUGGUUAAUUUUAGUGUUGACUCUAUUUACAACUUUGGACUGGCAAAAUUAUACCUAAAAGCAACUUAUGAUGCAUAAGGCAUUUAUCUGAAAUUUAGGGAGGGUCCUGGGCCCUACCUCUACACCUUCUAGCUAAUUAACACAAAAUACCUUAAAUAUAUUUGUGAAAGAUAUUGGGAUUUUAUUGUGGUUUGGACAGUAUUUCAGAUUAAAGUUUUUCAGUUCUCUGACACUUCAAAGUAGAGAAAUUGGAAACGGUUUGUGAUGGUUCUCAGAUGAGUAAUCAAGUAUAUACCAGUAGUUAAGUUAGGAAGUCAGCAACAUGGCAUUUUCUUCUCUUGCCAGACACUCACCAUUCCCUUCAGUAGUCUCAUGUCCACUCUGCCCCACACAUGCUAGUUGUAUUAGCUUAACAUAAAUGUCUUUAAUUUGUGUAGAUAGUUUAGGUUGUAGAGCAUUCAUAUUUUAUUAGUUUUAAAUUUUAAACAGAAUCUGGGAUUUAAAACAUUAUUCUUUUGUAUUAGAAGAGACACCUUUUCUGUUUCCAAGACAUAUUACACUUCAGUAACUGAUUUUUGUCAAUACUCGGUUUUCAUAAAUAAUUUUCAUCGUCGUUGCAACCUCAGGGAGCAACACUGACAUAUAUACAUUAGCACAUUGGCCUAACAACUAGUCUUCCUGAAAUAGUUUAUCAGAAACCACUGCGCCAGUAACUGAGAGCCCUUUGAAUCUCCUAUGCUUUGCGUAGGUUAAUAGAAGAUCUUCAGGAAGUAGAGAUUAUGCUGGGCUAAUGAAAGUGUCUCAGCUCCUGCUUGAGCAGAUGUCCUGGGACACUUCUGUGGUUCUGUUUACGACCAUACAAAGAGCAUUAAAAACAUUUCUCGGUUGCCUCUCGGUUCAGCUCUCUUUAACAUUGAACUUAUAAAAAUAUGUCGUAAGUUUGCACCUCUAUCUCUCUAUCUAUAUAACAAAUAUAUCAUCCUGUAGCAGAGGCACAGGCCUUCUUGAUUUGAACCCCAUUCUGGGAAGAUGUUUAUUUUCCUAAGAAAUGUGACAUUUAUAAGGAUUGAAUAGCUUGUAAACCUGGGCGCAGGACUUGGUCUGACGUAUAAUGUGUUCCCAGGCCUGGCUGUUUAAGAGGCAGAGCAAUGAGUUAGGGUUCAGCUUGGAACUGCGCUCUACUGUGGCAUUACUUACUAGGAUCGUAGAUAGUACACGCAAUAUCACACAAGGAUAGCAAUGAAUAACAAGAGGGAAAAGGCUUUCAUUUGCAUUUAGGAUUCAAAGUCUGUUCCCUCAAAAGUUCUUUGAGGUUUACUAUGUAUUAAAGUGCGCACAUAAACGUUGAACUCCAUCCAGCUCAAGGCAGAGCUUUAACUUCGGAAAACUGUUAUAUCCAAUUGUUUUUAUUAAAACUACAAUUUCAGAGACAUUUAGAAGAGGUGAUUGCUAAUAGCUUUUCUUCCCACUUUUGUUCACAGUGGUUUUUCUCUAGCCUUCAGUAUGAGUAUACAUGGUAUAUGAGAUCCAAUUUUAUUCUUUAUAACAGGGGAAACUUUUAAAGGGGAUAGGCUGGUGAGGUGGUACCUCACUGCAGCACAGCGAAAAUGGUAACCUGUGCACUGUGCCCUGGUUAACUCACUCCUCUUUCCUCCCUCUACAAUAGGAUCUCCCUUGAUCUCUGCUCUCUGCAGUCUGUUUUGAACACUAGGAAUGGGUUUAUUUUGUCUAAGGUAAAUGCUAUCUUUUCUGUUCUGACUGUGGAAAGUGUUGGGUGACUUCAUGUUGAUACAAUCACUAUUAGGAGUUGUAUUCCUGGUGCCUCUUAGAAGGCCCUACUUUACUGUACCUUGAAAGUUUCCAAAAGUGAUCUUUUUCUCAUUAGACUGCCAUCCUAACAUCAAAAAGAAGCUAGCUUUAGAACAAAGGCUGUCUGUAGUUGGCAGAAAAUAACAUUCCUCACCUUGAUAGCUAUUACAUGUACCCACACAAAGGAAAAUGUGAGUGUGAGUGUGAGUCUGUGUGUGUGUGUGUGUGUGUGUGUGUGUGUGUGUGUGUGAAAGAGGGGGGGAAGAGAGGGAGAGGGAGAGAGAGAAGAGAGAAAGAGAGAGAACAUAGGAGAAUAUUUUAAAUAAUAUGUUUAUGUUUUUCAGAAAAAUUAUUAUUUGAAACAGGGUCUUACUCUAUAGACCAGGGUGGUCUCAGACUCAGAGAUCCACCUGCCUCUGCCUCCCAAAUGCUGAGAUUUAAAGUAUAAGCCACCAUGCCUGGCUUACAAAGAGGAAACUUGGGGUUUCAUUUUAAAUAUUUAUACAAAGCAAGUCAUCUGCAUCCAAGUGACAAAACAGCUUUUUGUCUAUUCCUCCACUGGUCAGAUAUCCUCACUUUUCCUAUAAAAAGUUUUCAGAACAAUGAUAUGAAGCCAUAAAGUCAAGCCUUCUGAAGUUGAAUGGUUUAUUGCCUGAAAUGAUCCUCCUUUGAUUAUAUAGUUUUCGGAAAUUUGCAUUUUUAUUGCCUUAGAUGAUAGAAUUCAACGUCUCAUCAUUUGCUCAAAAGUUGUUAGAGUCUGAGAAACUAUUUUCUUAUAAAUUUCAGUUUAUUAGAAAUUACGUCCCAGAGAUUAAAUUUCAAAGCUGGUGUGGAACAUAGGUUGGUCAGAGAGAAGAGAGAAAAUACACAUGCAGUUUCCCCGUUAUUCCACAUCCGCAGGAAAAAUCUGAAACAUAUCCUUCAUGAAAGAACAUCUCAAGGAACGUGUGCCUGGGACUCCUGAGAGGAGGGUGAGAUGACAAAAUUGGUGAUGUGUGACACCGUAGUGGCAUGACAGAGAAGGUAAUUACAGUACAGCACCUGCAGUGAUAUGAAGGUGAACGGGAAUUGUCUAAGACCCAGUCAAAUGCUUUUGUGAAAGAGUGAGAGACACUGGGAAGGAGAUGUUAUUUUAGCUGCAUAUUCUGGCCACUCAUGACUUAACUGGUAUGAAUUUCAAGAGGACAAUAAAGGAGAAAUUAUAGUGAUCAAGAUAGGAAAUGAUUAAGGGAUGGGAGAAAAUUUCAGCUGAGAGGGAAUGGGAAGAUUAAGUAAGGAGUCUAACAAGCUGCCUGACAAGUUGAUGAGCACAUUUACAGAAGAGAAAUGCAGAAGGAACAAAAGACUGACUUCAACAAUCCUGAGCCAGUGCCAGGUUUCUAUUCGGAAGGAUGAAAGUCGAAUUUGAGCCAUGGAGGUUCUAAAGAAAGGUGAGAAGGAGUGUUUUGCCAUGGUUUCCUUCUGAGGCAUCACUGAAUAUUGACAGACGUUUCUCCUUUGUGUAUCUAUUUGCAAAGGGUUCAGUGCUUUGUUUUGUAAUCUUUCUUUACUGUUGAAGAAAAUGAGAAGAAAAUGGAGGGAAGGAAGAAUGCGUGUUACUUGGAAGUUAGACUAGAGUGCUUCAGUGUUUUGCCUAUUGUGUGCAGUAAAUGUAUCUCUCAAACACAAGGGCCAUCUCAUGAGUUCUAAGUAGUACUGAGUAGUUCUAAGUAGUAGGCAGACUGACCACGCCAGGGAUGCAGUGGCAGGGUUUGAAGGCUGAAAUCCAAGUCUAGUUCUGUGGUUUACCAGCUUGCUAAUUUAGAUUAAGACACUGAGCUUUGGGUAGAAGAACACACGAGGGCAUCUCCAGGAAGUGUGACACAAGAAAUGAACCUUUCUUUCCCACUGAUAGAUAUACAUGUUCCGAGGGGAGACAUCUACACCACUUUGCACUAACUGUGAGCAUGACCACCAUGGCGAUCCAAGACUGCAGCAAAGUGAUGCCUAAGCGUCCAAGCAAGUUAGUACCAAGCUGACAGCGGUGCUCGGCCUGUCGGAAUGCGAGAAGCCUGGUUUAGCAGAAUUUCUACUUGUUUCUCCUUUUGUUUGUGCUUCUAAGGGGAAGAAUGCAAUUUGUAUUUUUCAGUGAUGUCUCCACCUAACGCAUAUAAAUAAUCCAUCCCCCACAACCCUCCUUGAGCAGGCACUACUCACAAAAUAUGUUUCUGCUCCUGUGGAUAUGACUCAGAUAUAUAGUGAGUAAAGGACAGUGUGCCUGCUACUAACUGGAUUUUAAGUGUUGGACAGUACAGGGGCCAUACAAUACUCUCUAAUUUAAUUUAGCGAGAUUGAAAACCUUACUUACACAUUUGGGGAAAUUAUUGCUCAAUCAGGUUAAGUAAUGCACAGGAAUCAUAAAAAGGGAAGUACUACUGGUUUCUUUUUGUUUUUUAUUAAUUAUUUAUUUACAUCUCAAAUGUUGUCUGCCUUCCUGGUCCUCCUCCAUGAGUCCCCCACCCCAUCCCCUCUCGCCUUCGCCUGUAAGAGGGUGCACAGCCACCUACCCACCCAAUGCCACCUCACUUCUAUCAUCCCCCUUCUCUGGGGUUUCAAGCCUCCACAGGACCAAGCGCGUGAGGCCAGACAAGGUAGUCCUCUGCUACAUAUGUAAUGGGGACCACAGACCAGCCCAUGUAUGCCCUUUGGUUGGUGGUUUAGUCUAUGGAAACUGUGAGGGCCUGGUUAGUUGAUAUGGUUGUUCUUCCUGUAGAGUCGCCAUCCCCUUCUGCUCCUUCAGUCCUUCCCCUGUCUCUUCCAUAGGGGUUCCUGAGCUCAGUCCAAUUGUUGGCUGUGAUUAUCUGCAUCUUUAUCAGUCAGGUGCUGGUAGAGACCCUCAGAGGACAGCCAUGCUAUGCUUCUGUCUGCCAGCACAACAUGGCAUCAGCAAUAGUGUCUGGGUUCAGUGCCUGCCUGUGCAUGGGAUAGAUGCCAAGUUGGGGCAGUCUCUGGAUGGCCUUUCUUUCAGUCUCUGCUCCAUUUUCAUCCCUGCAUUUCCUUUUGACAAGAACAAUUCUAGGUCAAAAAUUGUGGGAUGGGUGGGUGGCCCCAUCCCUCAACUGGGUGCCAGGUCUAUCUACUGGAGGUGGUCUCCUCAGGUUCCUUUCCCCCUCUGUUGGACAUUUUGGCUAAGGUCAUCCCUGUUGGGUCCUGGGAUCCUCUCAUAUUCUUGAUGUCUGGGGCUUUAUGGAGUUACCCCUCCCAUUUCCCAUCCCACACUGCUGCAUAUUUCUAUUCAUUCUCCUGGUCCUCUGGGCUUCUCUCCUUUUUCCCCCCAUACCUGACCUUGCCCUCAUUUUUCUCUCCCUGUCCUCUCUCCCACCCAGUUCCUUAUCUCCCUCCCAUGAUUCUUUUGUUCCUCCUAAAUGGGACUGAAGCAUCCACAGUUGGGCCUUCCUUCUUGUUAAGUUUCAUAUGGUUGUGAGUUGUAUCACAGGCAUUCUGAACUUUUUGGCUAAUAUCCACUUAUCAGUGAGUACCAUGGAUGUCCUUUGGGGUCUGGGUUACCUCACAGAGGGUGAUAUUUUCUAGUUCCAUGCAUUUGCCUGCAAAACUCAUGAUGUCUCUGUCUUUAAUAGCAGAGUAGUACUCCAUUAUACUGCUUUCAUUUUAUUUUUAGUGAGUUCUUACACAAUGCACCUAGUCCCAUGUUUCCUACGGAGUUUCUAAAUUACCAACCAAACCAAAUACCUUGGGAGUAGAUUGUGGAUAUUCAAUAGAGAAAGGUGAUGACAGUUUAAAAAAUUCUUUCUCCAAAAUAAAAUUAUUCCCUACUGCUUGAAACCUAAGAAGUGCUUAAUAAACACUAUUGUCAGGGGCCAUCAGACUGAUCAACACUUUACUAGAAUCACCGCCCAUUUCCCACUUCAUGCCAGCUUGUAUAUAAAGCGAGAAGAAAAUAUGGGGAGAAAGGUGAUCCAACAGCCACAGCGUAUUUACCCGAGGGAUGUCUAAGUGACUUAGGUGGUCUACUGUAUGUGCCCUUGGAUAUUAACCCAGUCGGGAUAGAACUAUGUUCAAAGCACUUAGACUAGUUUCCUCUAGGAUUUUAGUGGCUCCCUGAAAGAAAUGUCUAUAAGAGGACAACUGCUUUGCCUAAAAAUGGAGUUUUCAGGUUGCUGGAAGUAAAGGUUUGGGACCUGUAUUUAUUUUCAUUCAAACUUUGAUGUUGGCCCGAGGCUUUCAGGUUAUCUCAUGCUCUUCUUAGAGAGCAGUGGAGUGUGACUUCUACCACCCGCAGCCCGCAGCUCACACACUUGCCUGCAGCUCCAGCUGCAGGGGAUGUGAUGCCCUUUUCUCACACAAUUUGCACAUAAUAAAAACCUGAAAGUGUAUGUAUAAAAGCCUUGUGAUGUCUCUUCACAUACUGUUUUCCUUCAUGACAGUGGUCUCUUUCCCCCUUUGAUACUAGGACUUGUAUCCCAGAGGCCUAUACAGGCUAAGCACAUACUCCACCACUGACUUCUACCGCACUUCCCUCACAGUGCCUUUCAACUUUCGACUUAGUCUGUGUACUUUUGACUUUUUCGUUUGUUUGUCUAAAUAUCUUCUAUUUUAUAGUGUUUUUCAGAAAGCCCAGGUUUAAAAAAAUCUAAAGUGAGAAGAAGUUGAAGAAUUCACUUCACCUUAAAAAUAUGAUUUCUAGUUUCCCCUUCGGAAAUGUUUGUCCAUAGGUUUUUGACUAGUCAGAAGUCAUUUUUAGCCUUGGGCCAUGAGUUGGCUGUUAAUGGAAUGCCUGUGGUGAUUGUAUUCACAGAUAAUUAUGCCCAGUUUUCAGAUGAGUUGAAAGGAGUGAAUAUGUUCCAAUACAGCCAUGGCAGACAUCAAAGUUUCUCUUGGUUUCUCUUUCCUCUUCUGGUCUGUUCCAUUCCAACCCUGGCUCUCAGGAGCCCAGCAACUGGGAGUGCAUCGUUUUGCACACCUCUAUACAGCCAUUUUAGAAGGUAUUUGUAGAUCAGAAACACACAUCAAACAAACUAGUUCAGCUAAGCACCUUAAAGCACAGAAUUGGGGAGUGUGGAGGACUUGGAAAAGGGACCGGGUGCCCCAGUCCCAGUGCCACUGCCAUUCUUCCCAGUGACCCUUCUUUGUUUCUCAGCUAUGCUCCCCUGUGCAUUUUUCCCUCCUACAUGUGCACAUUCUGAAUAAAGACAGUGACCUUCUCCCAGUGAAUAUUUAUAAAAUCUCAAGGGGGAUAAAGUCCAUUGACUUUCAUCCUCCAGCCCAUAUUUGGAGCAGUCACUGUGGACAGAGGCUCAAGGAUCUUUAUUUGGCUCUGUCCUCAGCAGAUUUGAGUGUAGAGACAGAAAAUCUUUCAGUACACAUGAAGUCAGAGGGUAGUGCCCCUAAGAAUUCUGCAGGAAGGAUGCAGGAUCUUGGGCAAUAACCAGGGCCAAAGGGAUGAAGGGUAUAGGAUGAGGGCAGGACCAUCCUGUUCAGCUUCUCCUGGCCUCCUCCUUCACUUUUAGCCUUGUUCUCAUUUCUCAAACCAGUCUCCACCCAGAGUACUAGUUUUAUUUUAUUAUAGUUGAGCCAUUAGCAUAAUUUUGUUUGCCUUCAUGUUUAUUAAACUUUUGUAUUUUUAUGUUGGCAGAAACAACACAAUUAAACAAAAGCUGCUUACUUUCUAAAGGAAAAUUUAUGCCAUAUCAUUUUACGAAGUGGAAUUAACUUCCUGGUGCCGAGUUCUCAAAGUCAUCACUGUAAUGUUUCGGUGAGGGAGGAAGUGGGGGACUGGGAAUGAAAAUGAAUGUGAAAUGAGUGUGGUCAGGCAGAUGGAGAUAAAAACCUGAGGAUGCAAACGGUUUGGGUCAUUGUUAGUUGUGGUUUCCAUUGCUGUAAAAAAGACACCAGGCCUGUGGCAGCUCUUAUAAAGGAAAAACAUUUAACUGGGGCUGACUCACAGUUCAGGAGUUCAGUCCAUUCUCACCAUGGCAGGAAGCAUGGUGACAUGCAGGCAGGCAUGGUCCUGGAGAGGAGCUGCGAGUUCUAUAUCCCACUCUGCAGACAGCAGGAAGAGAGAGCCACUGGAUCUGGCUCCAAUCUGGGCAUUUGGAACUCUAAAGCCCACCCCCAGUGAUACAGUCCCUCCUACAAGACCACACCUGCUCCAACAGAAGUACACCUAAGCAUUUAAAUGUGAGUCUAUGGGGCCAUUUUUAUUCAAACCACCAUCAUCUCUUUAUCGUUAGCCUAUGUUGGUUCAUAAUGUGGAAUGGAGGAGAGCAAGAUUUACCAGGGUUUCAGUGUUCUUCUUCUUCUUCUUUUGACUUUUUAUUAGUUCUUUAUGAAUUUCAUAGCAUGCACCCUAAGCUCACUCAUCUCCCCUCCUACCCACACUCCACCCACCCUUUUAGUUCCCUCCCCAAAGGGAGAAAAUCCAUUGUGAAAGCUGUAGUGUGUCACACAGUGUGUCUCAGAGUUUAACCUUUUGUCCACAUUUCUUUGCUUGGAAUGUUCAUUGCAAUGAGUCCUUGGUCUCUUAUGAAGCCUCUGCUACACUAGCAAUACUGCAACCUCCUGGGACUCCUCUUAGAUAUUCUGGUGAUGCCCUGUGUAAUGGAGAGCCUACAGUUUUCUAUUAGUAGAAUUUGGCCUUUUACCCAUUCCAAUAAUUCAUCAAUGGGGUAGAUAUUGGGGCAGGCAUAUCUGAAAGCUCUGGAUCUGGACCUCAGAGGUAUCUAAGCUUUGUAAGCCUGCCAGCUCUCCCACAUUCACAGCACACGGGCAAGGUCUCCUGCCCUCCCCCAGCUCAUCCCCACCCACACCACAAGGACUAGCACUACUGUGCUGGUCUGCUCUCCUGAGUACUGCAGCAGUCAAGGGGCUUGGGAAAUUCUCCUGCUCUCACGUCCUUGGGGGUGGUUCAUCCACGACCCCCAUGACCAGGGCUAGUUCUACGUGCUAGCUAGUUCAGGAGCAGGGACCACUUUCCUGAGAGGUGCACUUGACGAGGGACAGUUCUCCCACUAACAUAACCCUGGUGGUGAAGGACAAGGGAGGGGAGAAGAACAUCUCUCUUUCACUGAAGCACUGCACAGCAGACAAGAGGCAGGGCCAACUCACACUCAUCUGUGCCACAGCUACCAAGGUCAGCUCUCCUGUGCUGCCCAGGUGAGGUACAGAGCCAACUGUUCUGCUUUCAUAACCCUGGCAGGUGUUAAGGGCAAAGUGGAAGGGAGUGUAUCACUCACUCACACCAGCACGGAUACCACAAUGGAGCAGAACAGAAGCAGGAUCUGCUGUCCUGUUAUACCUGCAGCUCAUUACACAACCCGCUAUACAGGGUUAUCUAUACUAAGGUGCAGGGCCAGCUCUCCCGAAUACUACAGCCGGUCAGAGGCAGGGACAACUCUCUUGCCUGCUGUAGGUGCCAAGGGGCAAGGGUUGGGGAGGGCACCUCUCCCUUGCCCACACAGCCACAUGGUCGACAAGUUGUAGGGCCAACUCUCCCACACUCAUAUCUUCGGGACCUGCUCACCUGCGCCCCAUCAUCAGGGUCAGCUCUGCUGUGCUACCCAGGAUCAUUGAAGGGCCCAUUCUCCCGAGUGCUGCAGCUGGGGAGGGGCAGGGCCAGCUCUCUUGCUCUCAUGACCCUAAGGUACCUGCAGCAGGUGAUGAGUGGUAAGCAGGGAGGAGACUAUUUCUCUCUUGUCUAUGCUACCGCACCAGAGACAAGUGAAAGGACCAGGUCUUUGACACAGGGAUGGCUUACCUCAAAACUCCUGCAAUGUGUGGGAUCACUCUUUCACAUACUGUUGCUGUCUAGGGGUGGGAUCCUCUCUUUUACUCACACUCCCCAGGGCCAGCUCUUCAUGAUCCCCAGGAUAGGGGUGGGCAGUUCUGCGUAGCCCUCACACAUCAAUAUUCCCCUAGAUUGCAGCCCAAACCAAGGACAUCUGCCUGGACUUGGGUGGCAACAGCCCCUGCAGCUGCAGGGCCAUAGACCCAGACAUGGCCCCCAGUGGCAGCAUACACCAGGACUGCAUCAUGAUCCCAAGUGGCAUCAUCAGCUACUCACGUCAAGUUGUUCCUCACUACCCUUGUUUUGCCUCUCUUCAUUCUGCCCAUAUCCUUCUGUUUCUCUUUCUCUUCAAUUUCUCCACCACUUACUUGUUCCUUCUAGUAACCCCAGGGUGUCAGGGUGUCUGGGUGUCUGCGCUCUCUUAGGAGUGGUUUCAGGAGUGCUAUGCCUCACCCAUGAAUGAUAGCACCAUGCAGGGGUCAUUUUGGGCAUGGUCUUACCGCCUAAGCCUGCACAGCACUGGACUGUUGGUCAUUUGAAGCCAACUCCCUAUGCGGGCCCCAUGGAGCCAGACUGGUAGUCUUCUUGGAGUUGCCCCUUCAAGGCCCCCAUGUGAGGCCUUCUGCCUUAGAGUAAAUCCUGCCGGGGUCCCUCAAUCCCAGGUAGGUUUGUUUCACCUCUGUCUCUCUCCUCCACGAGGGCCUGUGAGGCUGUGCUGGACCAGUGGUCUUUUAGGCUUGCUUUCUUCAGGGACUGUCAGGUCAGGAGUGUGAGAUCAAUCAGAUGCUCACAGGUCAGAACACUGAGUGUAGACACAGCCUCUCUCCUCUCUGCUACCUCUUGGUGCACAUGUGACACGGCAGCCACGCCUUCGAUUCGCCUAGGGCAGGGGUUCCAGUUUUCCUAAUCUCAUGGUUUGAACAUUCUACUUCUAUCUGUACAAGUUCUCGCCAUGUUUUAUGCCUUCUACUUAUUAAACAUGUCUUUGCAGCCCUCUCUCUGUGGGAUUGACCUAGACCCACUGCUGACGUUGUUUUCUCUCCCCACUCCUGAUUUGACUUCUGCUUGCUCAUUUUAUAUCCAUGUACUCUUCCUGACUCCUCUCUCUAUUUUCCUUUUUCACCUCCUUUUCUCCACCCCACCCCCCAAGCCCACCCCAUGGAUUGUUCUGCUAACAAUGUGCUAAACGUUUUUCAACCUGUAUUCAUCCACACCCCUACCCCUGAUCUCAUCAUCUUCGUUUUCAGCUUUCCUUUUUUAGCCUCUUCUGGUUUUAGUUUUAUUUUAUGUUUGCUGCAGAUGCAGUCGCUCCAUCUCACGGAUGCCUCAUAGAACUUCUGUUCGGUUUCACUUGUUGUGGCUUGACCUCAUUUACUUAGGAGUAAAGCCUCAAAGUAACCAUGUUUCCUUUGCUGUUUCCCUCUUCUAAUCUUUAUCCACCUUGCUGGCAGGAUGGGACCUGGAGCUUCAGAACCUUUAGUCAUUGGCUUUUCCUGAUACACAUCAGGUUCAUCUGUGCCCGUUCUCUUGUGUUUACACGUCAGCUUUUGAGGUGGAUCCAGGUCACAUCAGAAAAUAUACCAAAGGAGUUAUUUUGUAGUUAAAAUCCUGCUGUAUAUUGUUAAUCAGGUGGACAUGCUCUUUAGAGUCUCAUUUAACCAGCUGUGUGUUUGAAGAAGACAUUUGCUCUUACGGGCUGAAUUAGCCAUGUUCUAGCAGGGGAGGAGGGCAUCUUAUCUCCAGACAAGUGGUAAUUAUUUACCUAGCUAAGCAAUUUUGUUGACUGAAUAUAUCUAAACGUUUGGCAUCGAGGCUAAGAAAUACUUUAGGCUUUGUUUAUGUGUGAAUAAAUUGAAAAUUAAUACGCAUUUUGCCACUUUUAUUAGUGGAAACCACACAUUCAUUUUUAAAUAUAAGUUCAAUUAAUGAAAAUUACUUUCAAAUUUCUGAAGAAAUAAAUAAAUUGUGCUUUUUUUGUUUCAUCACUACACUGUCAUAAAUGGUCUUAAACUAUAAACAUGGAGCCAGCACCCAUGGAAGUAAUGUAAUGAAUGUUUCAAGCCUUCGUACAUAAGCUGCCUCCCAGGAUAAUUAGAUGAUUAUAAUGGUGCUUGCUUUGAGAUAGCUAAUUAAAAAAAUCUAUUGCUCGUAAGUCUAAUUAUUUGAGUAAUGAUAACAUAUUAGCAACUGGGAAGCUUCAGCUAUAGCCAGCCUCAUUGAAGAAAAAGGAGUAAAUAUGUUAAUGACAUUUUUUUUACAAAGACCCAAAGGAUGGCACUAGAGUGCUUUUCAUUUUCUUCUGUGUUCUGUGUUCAGUUCCCUUUCAUGUGAACUGUGAACCACUCACUUGUGUAUCAUUCAUCCAGCUCCACUCUCACUUGUUUAGAGACCUCUCCCUUUGGCAGAAGGGAGCUAAUUUUCUAGCACUUCUCCACCCUUUGUGGGCCUCUGAAAGAAGGCUUACCUAAUUAGUCUUCAUAGCUUUAACAAACAUUUCAUAACCUGCCAGGAAAAUGUCAGUUCUCUGGGCCAGAGCAUAAUCAAAUGAGUAAGUAUCAGAGUAGUUAUUAAUUAAGGGCUGGCUUUGAUUUUAGAAUUCCAACCAAUACUAAGCUCUGCAUGUGAGAGACAAAAAUCCUUCUUGCUUCAUCAUUACCUUAUUAAAAUAUCAAAUAUGAUGGUAGCAGUGAAAUGUUUACCUUCUCUCCUCUUCUUAGAGACUCUUGUUCUAAUCCCAGCACAUUUGAUGAGGUCACAGAAGAUGUUUUGCUCUGAGUCUUUGAGUCAUACAGACAAUGUGAAACCCUACAAUGGAUUCUGAAGCCAUCGUUUCUUUAUAAGGGGGUGGAGUAUGUAACAGUUAGGUCGUGGAGACCAGUGCUUGUUUGUUAAGGAUUCUUCUGACCUGGGGCAACAGGUAGAGUGCAAAUGGUUGCUUUAAACUGUGCAAGCCAUAUUUGGAAUACGUGGCAAUCAUCAAGUCAGUAUAUCAAUGUCAAGCAUUUAGUGAGCUCUUUCUUUGUUACAGAAACAGUAUGGAGUGCCCUGUGUCCAUUGCUUCAAUUCUUGUGAGCCUUUGAUGUCCGUUAGUCACCAUGAGUAAACCGACCCAUAUAGACUACCUUGGUAGAGACUGGGCUGAGCUAUGUAAUUGUGUCAGGCCAGGAUCAUAGUCAGAAUUGCUUUCCUCUCACACUCAGGAUCCCCUCUAAGUAUUGGUGAUGAGACUCUCAGUUCAGUUCCACCCAGAGCAGGGAUUGUCUCACUGUGUGCUUCCGAUGGCCCAUCCUAAGUAAGGAGGCUCGGUCUGCGGAGUCGGGGUGGGGGCUAUGCAGAGAGAUUUGCAUUAUGUAACCUCUCCCAAAGAAGAGAGUUGUAGCCCCAGUGUUAAACCUUUGGAUCUUAAAAAAAUUACAAAGUUUUUCUUGAACAAAAAUUACAUUUUAUACAACUUAAGAAUGGUUGUGUUGGGCUGGAGAGAUGGCUCAGCUGUUAAAGGCUAGGCUCAUAACCAAAAAUAUAAGAGUGGUUGUGUUGAAAUUACUGAUAUUUUAUUUUAUUUUAUUUUAUUUUAUGUACUCAUUUGCAGCAUUUGCUUGGUGUGCUCAUCUGGAUCCCAAAAAUAACAACACCUAAGGAAAAAUAAUCUCUCUCAGUGAGCCUCAUUGUUUGUCAUGCUUUUUAUUCUGUUCCGUUUUAUGGUUUUCUUGCUUAAGAGAUGAGAGUGAGCUAUAUUCUCACUUUAAAAACCUCAGAUCAGAGUCAACUUACUGGGUCAGUAUACCCCAAAAGGGGUGUAAAUGCACUUUGGAUGCUGACUUUGUGGAACUAAUAAUAAGGCGGUAAAAUUGCCUGCCUUUCAGUGGCUUUGAUCUGCAAAGCUAAGUGGGGCAGCAAAGAGGAAUAUUAAAAUAAGCACACCGCCGUUUUCUCAGGGUGGACACAGAGGAGGCAGGCUUCACUUGUAGCAUGCAGCAUCUGCUCUUACAAGAAGGAUGCACCAAAAUACCUUUGCUGUUCACUCACAGUGAGCUGAGGCCUGGAGGAAUGUGUACCCUUAUCCUCCCCCUCCCCCAAAUCCGUGGUUGUGUAAGAAUAAGAUGUUUGUAGAUUUAAAGCAAGUGGGUGUGCCUUUGGGAAGGUGCACUGUGUACUGUCUCAAGUUGGGCUGUACAAGAAGGCCUGGCAUGGAGUUAGUGGACUAGCACAGGAAGUUGAGGCCUCCUGUCAUUUUCACCAUGCUGGUUCUGUAAUAUGGCUUGACUUUGCCCCAGCUGGUCUCUUUCCACUGUGAAUCAAAUAAGCCCUCUUUCCACAACUUCAGCUUCUUCUGGGGCCUCUUCUGUGCAAUUGCGUAGGACUAUACGCAGGAGGACUACACUCAGUAGGACUACACUCAGUAGGACUACACUCAGCACCAGAGCAACAGUAGCAGAGACCGGAAAUGAGACUGCCUACGGUCUCCGAUUUGAUUUUCUUUCACCUGUGUAAAACUCCUAUGCUUUUUGUGACUUACUACUUAAUGUCUGCAUGUGGGCAUGUGUGCGUAUGUUUGUUUGCAUGUGUUCUUGUGCGUAUGUGUGCCUGUGUGUGUGUAUAUGCACGCACGUGAGUGGUCACAUGUGCACAAGUGCACUUGUGUGUGUAUGUGUGUGAGUGUGUGCUUGAAAUGGCUAGUUUUCAAGUUUUCUUGUAAAUCAAAUUAAAACUAGUGGGUGACCUGUGGGUGACUGGUUAGACUUUGGCCUAUAAUAGCCCAGAGUCUGCAGCAGGCCCCACCUCCCACCUGCUAGGAGCUGUUAGCUUGGCUCUGAAACAACUCCAUAGAACACAUAUGGGUGUGGCAAAGUGGAUAUGGCAAAUAAAGCAUCCCUGCAGGGAACAGUAGUCACACAAGUGAACAAGCACACUUUGAAGGGCAAGACUCGUGUGAUACACGCCAUGGUCUGAAUGUGUCCUCCAGUUACACGUUGAAACCUAAUUGCUGGUGAAUGGUGUUAAGCAGAGACUGACGUCCGGUCUGACUGGAGACUACAUGAAUGAGAUUAAUGGCCUCCAAAAUAGAGUGGCCUGGGCUUUGUUGGAGCCUUCAGCCUUUCGCAGGUUUCCCCUUUCUUAUUUUAACUUUCUUCACCUCCAACCUCCUUCUUGCACUUCAGGGUAGAGCAGGAAGCAUCUUACCAGGCAUCACAUGACUACACCUCAGUGUCAGACCUAGAGCCCCUACCAGGAUGAGAGAUGUUUUAGUUAUCUUCCCAGCACUGGUGUUUUUAAUUAUAGAAGUGGGAACAAACUAAGACAAUGGAUAAGGUCUGAUUUACUUCUGAAAAUAUUUCACUCUUUCUACAGUAUAAUCAUACCCUAGUCAGAUCUCCAAGUCUGCCUACAAUAAUGUUAAAAUGAAAACCAAGACAAGGAAAGGCUUUAUUUUUUUUUUUUUAAGCGCGGACAUGGAUACUUAGUUAUUUUAGUUCAAAUGGUUUGAAAAUUUUCUUUGUGUCUCUGUCUCUCUCCGUCUCUCUGUCUCUGUCUCUGUCUCUCUCUGAGUGUGUGUGUGUGCGCUCAUGUGUGUGUGCUUGUAUGUGCAUGUGUGUGCGUGCGCACACAUGAGCUCACACAUGCCAGGUGUGUGUAUGUUUGAGUGUGUGCACGUGUAUGGCUGUGUAUAUGUACAUGUACAUGUGUGUCCAUUUUGUAUUAGGAGGCCAAAGGACAAGGGUGAAUGGGUGUCAUUUCUGGCAAUGUAAAAAUAAUAUUAUUUUAAGUUUAUUUUCUGUGUAUGGGUACUUUGACUGUAUAUGUCUGUGUACCAUGUGUGUGGACUGUCUACUGAGCAGUCUGGUAUACCCUGGGAGUGGAAUUACAGAUAUUUUGAGGGAUAAAUAGGUGGUGGGAAUUGGACAAGCAUCCUCUGGAAACCCAGCCACACAGCCUUUUUUUUGUAAUUUGGAUUCUGGAGGUCAAUCUGAGGUCCUCAUGUUUCAAGGCAGGCACUUUACUGACUGAGCUGGCUUCCCAGACUUAGGCAUGGUCAUUUUUAAUGCUUUUUUUUCCUUUGUUCCCUUCCUCCCUCCCUCCUUUCUUUUGGUAAGGGUGUGUAGAAAGUUUAUAAUGAGAGGACAUUUAAAAGUCAAUGCUCCUGAAGCUUUGUUCAUUCUUACAGCGUUGCACCUCAGCAGACUGCCCAGCGAAAGUGUGGGCAACACGCACACAGCCACACCAGCGUGGGAGGACCCUCAGUACUCAUCCACAGAGACUUGGAAAAAACUGGAGUGGUCUAACAGGCUUUUUAAAAAUUAAAACUGCUUUCUCAACAAGCCAUUAGGGCGUUUACUCAGAAGCUCCACUGAAGGCUUCUGUCCUCAUGCACUCGGGUUUUAUAGGGACCACUUAAUAGCGCUGUGGUUAUUUGCUUUUAUGGCCCCUCUUCUGUUUCGAGAGGAUUUCUUCAAAGAUGGAAACCUUGCUUUAAUCUUGUGCUUUUCUUCCUUGCCUUGUUCCUGGCCCACAGAGGUACUCAGAAGUCUUCUGUUUAAUAAAUAUCUGGUUCCUUUUAUAUGCCCCCCUCUCUUUUUUCUCAUGUGGCUUUUGUUUGCUUAGUUUCUUAUUUUAAAUUUUUUUUUAACAUUUUAUUUUUUUCUCUUUCAGGGCACUAAAUCAGGUGUCUUUCUGGAAGGCAGUAGUCAUCACAUAGUAAUUUAGUGUGAGAAAAAAAUAGAACCAAUUUAAAUUACUUCUUUAUUGUACCAAGAUAUUCAACAUGUAUAUUUUUUUAUUAUUUCUGCAAUUAAAUUACAAAUGUCUCUGAAUAUUCUGAUACAUAUUCCAUAAAACAAUUAAGCGUGAUGUGCUAUUUUUUUACAUUCUUUUAGCAACCAGGCCUAUGGAAGACAUUAAAAUCAUAUAAGAUAAUUUCAUUUAGAAGGAAAAUAACAUCAGUUUAUAUAAUUCUGACUUAAUUUGUUUUUUUCCUGAAGUGGUUGUAGCAAUUAAUCCUGGGGUUAUGGAGAUCUGAAUGUAACAUUUUCUGCUUUGAUCCUUAGUUAUUUAAAUCCUCCAAAUGCUAUAGUCUUAAUCCUUAAUAUGGGAAGAGUGAAAUGUACAGUUCGGGCUGAAGGCUAAGUGACUUCUCUGAAAGUAACAUGGUCAGCUCUGAAAAUCCCUCAAGCAUGUAGCUGUUGGUCCAAAUUCAGUCUUUAGAAGCUAAACAAUGACAAUAAUGUGGAUUACUUUCAAUAUGUAGAUGUAUAGAAAUUUCAUCAUCCUAAUACUUUCAUAGUAUUAUAUACAAGUUUUAGGUAUUUCUAGAUACUACAUCAUCAAAUAAGUAUAAUUGAAUAUACAACACGCAUAAAAGUGAAAAGGAAUACUGUAUUAUGAUCAAAGAGGUUUUGGGGGUAUGCUGCAGUACAGAAGAGAUUAUAGUCUCCAUGGUUUACUACAAACUAAAAAAAACCCUAAGAUUAUUGUUUUAUGCCUUAAGGUUCAUAUCGUAAUUUAUUUUUAUCAGAAGGGAAUUGCAACUUGCAUUUUAAAGGUAGAUGCCUCUCCAGAGGCAUUUGCAUCAGUGAGCACCAAGGGCUUUGAAAGUAUUUUCAAAGCUACUCACAGCAGGAUUUGUCUCAAGUCACUGAAAAAAAUUCUUGAACAGGACAUGAUAAUUCCUCAUCCACUAGAGAAAUGGUAUUAUUUUAGAACAGUGUUUUAAAAUGCAGAUCCUAUAAAAGGUGAUAGAUGGUUUUUUUCAAGUGAGAUUUAUUUUCUUUCUGAGUGUGGUUUGUGCUGCUUCAACUUUAAGAGCAUGACUGAUCUGUGAGUCUGGGCCACUCAGCAGUUCCAGAGUGAGGUCUUUUGUACUUUUAAAGCAGCCAUUUUAAACCUCCUCCUGCCUAAGGUCAUACAAGGGCAACUGUCAUAAUGGUCUCAGGACCUGGAGACCAUUCCCGGGAGUGUACUAGUAGGUUUCAGUGGUUUUUCUUAAAUGUUUUGCGAUUCCUUUUGUCGUGUUAGAUUGCUUUCCCACUGACUAUACUGCACACUUGUUUUAAAAUUGUUCUUUGUAUCAAACCUAUAUUUCUCAGUUUUUGAAAUGUAAGGUAGAGAACCAGAGCAAAAUAUUUUACCAACCAUCUGCCUAAGACACAGGCAGGCUAAAUGGCACUAUGAGUCUAAUUCCUUUAGUUUAUUUGUUCCACUAGAUUUAAUUAAAAUGGUUUCUUUUGUAUAUAAUCCUGCCUACUCUUUCCCAAACAUUCUAUCUUUACAAAAGAAAAGCAAAACAUUUACUUUGUAUUUUGUGUCUUUUAUUUAAAUAAUACUUUCCCUGAAUAAUUGUAUUCUUCGUGUUUUUUUUUUUUUUACAUUUUUUUUUCAAACUGCCUCUGGCUUUUCUAAUGCAUUGUGUAUUUUUCUUGUUUAUUGGUCCCCACCUUUUAUGGUAUAAUAGAGCUCCCACAAGAGCAGUACUCACAUCUGUUUGGUUUAUGGUGGUUCCAAGUGCCUUCAAGAGUGGCUGAGACUUACUCUGUGUUUCAUAAAUAUUCACUGGAUGAAUAAGGUAAAGUAAAACAAAAUGACUUGUUUAGCGAUAUUAUACUUUCUGUGGAAUCAUUUCUUUCAAGAACCAAUUUAUCUCAAAUGGAAUCUAUGCUCUUUUGCAUGCCAGGCCUUUCAUAUUUCUGAUAUUAGCAUCUGAAUGGCCAGUCUUAGCUUAGAAGGAUUUAACUUUUAGUUUUGCUUUCCAAGGUGACAAAUAGACUGCUUGUGGAGGCCAGACUCCACCCCUAUAAAUAUCUGUAUUUACAGUUUGAGCUGAGAGACUACCAUUUUCAUGUCUGGACUGCCCUCACCUUCCCAAUAUGGUGGACACCUGAGGAUUUUUUUUUCUUUGCUUGCUUGGUUUUAUCCUCCAUUUCCAAAAUGGAUUUCAGGAGACUAUCUUUCACAACAUACCAUGCACACUUAUCUCUGUUUCUACUCUACUAAUCAGUUAGUAUUGGGUCAACCCGAGUUCAUAGAGUAGAAUCGCUUAUUAUCCCCCUUAUCCCAUUCCUAAUGAGAAGUAGUCCAUUUCCCCAAACUCCCUUCUUACUCAGGUAAUGUUUCCUUUUGAUGUUACAUUUUAGCACUGUUUCAGCCAGUCUCUGUGAAGAGUCAGUUCUACAUAUCCUCUUUACUGUAGAUCAUUAGAGUACAGCAACCUAGAACAAAGUGGAGGCACUUGAAUCGCUGGCUGGGUGCACGAGAGAAACUGACAGCGAGGACACUCAUCUUUGGCCUGUUGGGCUUAUGUGGAGUAGAUCAGCUUAAAUGAUCGGCCUCCACAAGAGAAAGGAAGAUAUACUUCUGUAGCACUGAGUUCCACCAAAUGGGAAGCUGUGAGUGCAGGGCAAGUGUAGUUAUUUUUGAUUCUUGACACUCGUCAUAGACUUUGUUAAGGUAGACUCUGGGGACAACACUUCAGUUAAAGCCCCAUUCACUACACAUUGGCUGUCUAUCAAUGGGCUUUAUAGACACUGAUUUUUCUGCCAACAGUAGGAAAGAGAAAUUAACCUAAUAUCAAAGGAAAUGUGGGUACUUCUUUUUUUUUUUUUUUAAAGAUUUAUUUAUUUAUUUUAUGUACAGCAUUCUGCCUGCAUAUGUGACUGCAGGCCAGAAGAGGGCACCAGAUCUCAUUACAGAUGGUUGUGAGCCUCCAUGUGGUUGCUGGGAAUUGAACUCAUGACCUUUGGAAGAGCAGUCAGUGCUCUUAACCACUGAGCCAUCUCUCCAGCCAAUGUGGGUACUUCUUUUGGCUCAUAAUAGCUUCUUGAUUGUGAAUCUUCUUCAGACUAGAAACUGUGUGUUUACCACAAUUUCUAGUAACAUGUUUUUAAAAUGAAAAUUCUACUUCUUGAGAUUUGAAUUGGCUUUUCUUAUGGAAAGGUUUGUAUGUUUGUGUGGCCUUAACAGUUUCAUAGACUACUUCAACAAACAAUGGAAAUACUUUUCCUCACAGUGUGUAAGCAGUGAACAGUGAAAUCAAAGACCAAGAUACUGGUAGACCAGACUUUUUCACUGUCUACACUUGGUGGAAGGAUACCAAGUUCUUGGGAUCUUCUUUUGAUAUAGAUCCUCUUUCCUUUUAGAGAGGGAGGCUCUCAGUGCCCUAUCAUAUCUGAAAAGUCCCAUCUUCUAAUAACAUUGCAUCAAGGGGUUUCAACAUAGAAAGCUGUUUUUUGGUACUUGACAUGUGUAAGCCAUGACAAGCGUAUAACAAUUCUCCCCAAAUUGCAGAAGUUGUUUUCUUUGAGUUGAAGUGGCUAUCUUUCACAACAAUUUUAUUAGAGUUACUAAAUGUGUGAACACUUCGGAGAUCUAUUUAAAGCAUUUUGAGUGGUUUGCCUUCUAAGCAGAUGUUUAUAACACUGAAUUAUGUCCUAUGCUCUGUAGAGUAAUAGAUAAGAUUGUUCCCAAAUCCUGUGUGUAUAAAUGUGUGUCUCAUCAUGAAUUUAUGAUUUGUGUGUUAUCUUCUUAUUAUUCCUUAGAUGUUUUUAUCUAAAGAAAAAGAAAAAGUGUGGGUUCAGAAGGUAGGGGAGGUGGAAGUGGAUCUUAGAAGAGUUGGUAGAAGGGAAACAGUAAUUAGAACAUAUUUAAAUUGUAUUUAAAUAAAAUUUAAAUUAACCAAUUAAUUAUUUAUUUUAAAUUAUAUUAAGAACCAUCUUUCAAGAAAAGAAUAUGGGGACAUGGCAGUACAUAUGCUUAAUCUCUCCAUUCAGGAAGCAGAAAGAUAUGGAUCUCUGAGUUCAAGGUCAGCCUGAUCUAUAGAGGAAGUUCGAGCACAGCCAAAGAAAACCUGUCUCGAAAAAAAAGUAAAUCAAUAAAUAUAAAAUAAAAAAGAUUUACAUUUUUUAAAAAUGUUUUUAAAGAAAGAAAAGAAAAAAAAGAAAAGAAAAAGGAAUUGUCCCCAAACCUGUAAGAACAGGAUCCGAUUUGUCUUAGUAGAAGAUGGACAUAUAAACAAAAAACCUUUUUUGAAUAUAAUACUUUUAUCAGUUUGGGGAACUCCCAGUUAGCCGUUGACUUAUACAUGAACCAUCUUCUCCCCACUAUCUUCUUUGCUCUGAUAAGAGCAAUUUGCUGUGUUGUUUCAUUGAAUUAUCUCCUCAGGUCACAGAUGUCUAUUGUGUCUGUUAUUUAGUAUCUCCAGAUCACAAUGUAUUUCUGCUUGUCUGGUUUCCCAGGAGAUAAUUCUUUAUAGGCAAAGAGCAUACCACAUCCUCUUUUAAAUUCCACUUUCUUAAAUAAUAUAUGGUAUUAUUUCCUUUAGUGAGGAAAGUAAGCAAAAAUAUCCUACUACUAAUUCCCGAUGUUGAGGUUUGCCUUCAUGAAGUUAACCAAUCCAGUAUAUCUGAAAACUUUUAUGGUUGCACUAGGGAAAAAAAAGAAACUACCUAAGUAUCCUCCCUGUUAAUACAAUAAUUACAAUAUUACUUCUUUAUCAUGCCAAUACGACAUUUAAAUAUUUUAUUCUUCAAAAGAGAUACUAACAUGAAUCCUUAUUUAUUAAUGCCUAAACAUGUACAUAUUUUGAUAUAAUCUUUGGUCAGCUUUGUAUGAUGGAAAUAUAUAGAAUGACCAACGUAGGGGAAGAUUUUAAUCAGCUUUACUUUCCCCUGUAAUUUGUAAACUCCUAUUCCACACAUGUCAGUAAAAAUAACUCUAUACCUUUAUUAAAACUUCAAUAUCUUCAUUUAUAUUUAGGGUGGUAGCAAUGUAAAAUUGAAACCUGCGAGUUGUGGAGGAUAUAAAGUCAUGUUUUAAUAGAGAAACUAAAUUGCUCCUUCAAAGAGCCUAUAAAACUGAAAAGCAUUCAUUAUAAAUGUAAUAAAAACUUAUGAGUCUCAUUUUAUUAAAACUACACCCAGUUUCCUGAAGGGCCUGGAUCACUUAGAGAUAAACCAGUGCCACUUUAUGUCACCUAAGACACCUACCAAAAUGAAGUUGGCUGUUUGAACAUGAGUCCUAGUGGACAUCUAUUCAUGUUAUAAGAUAAAGGUUUUUGCUUUAGCAGAGUUUGCAACUUUUGAAAAUGAUCCAGCCCAGUCAGGUUAAUGACGGUAGUAAAUUAUUCACUAGUCCCACUUCCUUCCUAACAGUGAGAAGACACAGCUGAUGCUGCUUCUAAUUGCUGCACCAAGGCCUGCUAUUGCUCCGUAAACUUAACCCAAGUCAGUUUUACAGCUUAGCAGUGCAGUAGUAGUCAUGGGCUUUUCUUCCUUUCACCCAUAGUUUUGAAGUUUUCACAGCAGCACCUUUGGCACUGAUUUACAUCUUAGCUGUCCUUAUUUCCAUAUUGUGCAUGACCGCUGUGUGGGGUGGAGUGAAUGCUCAAUAAGAAGCCUGCCACUGUCAAAGUAACUAUCGUGAGCUCAUUUUCUUACUGUGCACAUUUACUGCUAUGAGGUUAGAAAGUCCAGAGGGAGGGAUGGAGGGAGGGAGGGAGGGAGAGAAGGAGGGGGAGAGAGAGAAAGAGAGAGAGAGAGAGAGAGAGAAAGAGAGACAGAGAGAGAGAGAGAGAGAAAGAGAGAGAGAGAGAGAGAGAGAGAGAGAGAGAGAGAGAGAGAGAGAGAGAGAAACGUGCGGAAGGUGGCUUGCAACAGGCCUUCAGACUUAUGUGUUACUCCUAUGUGUAGUAUUACUCUGAUGGGUGUUCUGGAAGCAGGUUUAGGGAAAACCUGCCAAACCUGACCUCCAGCCAGAUUGUGCACACUAGCAGGGACAUGUUCUGUUUAAAUUUGAUAGAAGAAAGACCCCUUUCAUUUUGCCACAGUAAUUAUAUUCUCAUGACAGCGAGUCAUGAGAAUGUCACCCUUGGAAUGCUUGGGGAAAGGUGAUAAUUAAAACCUAAGUGUCCUCACGUUAGUUUGUGCAUGUAAUCUGGAUUCCUUCAGGCAAUGUCACCUGUCUUGUAAUCUCUAAGUUAUAUGCAAUUGGUGCUUUUUCCUUUGCUAGAUGAGAUAUCCUUUGUAGGAUAGAACUUUGCUUUUGGAUCCCUACUAAUAUGUAAUAAUUUCAGAGUAUGAAGAGCCCAUUUAUUUGAAAACAUUUACUUGGCACAAAGAUAAAUUUUUAGAGAAAUAAAAUUAUUUGAAACACUUUAAAUUGAUAUUUAGACUAUAGAAAUCAACUUAUUUGACAUUUGAAAGACUAAGCACUGAGUAAACAUUGAGUUUUUCUGGAUUUUAAAAACAUGAUUAGUUUUCAAAUUCUUAUAGCUAAUUCUACUUUUAUGAUUUCUUGGAAUUGGUGUUCACAUUUAAGGCUUUUUUGUUUUCUUUUUAAACUACUGGCAGAUUCUGUUUUGCUUUGUUAAAGCCUGUUUCUGUUAUUUAUAUCUUUGAUUACCCCUUAAAAUAUAUGGAAAUGUUUUUGUAACAAAAUAUCUCUUUCUUGGAGAUGUUUUCCCAUGAUUCUUUUCUAAACAAUUGGUUGGCUUAUGUGUGAGUUGCCUCAGAUCCUCAGCAUUUUCAGUAAUUUUUGGGAAACUGGUUAUAUGAAAUAAUAUGUCAUUUCCUGAAAGGUAUCAUGAAUUCCAUAGGAUUUAAGACAAUUUAUGGAAGCUUGGGGCAGAAUUUAAAUUAUUUACUAUUGUAUUUACUUAUAGCUGAUUCUAUAAUUCAUGGAGUUAUGGGGUACAGUGAGAUAAUUGAAUACAAGUUGAAAUGCAUAAUGGUCUCAAAAAAUCAGUAACCCUUCUAUAUACAAAUGAGAACUGGACUGAGAAAGGAACCAGUGAAACAAAGCCCUUUAUAAUAGCCACAUGCAAUAGAAAGUACUUUGGGAGUAACUCUAACCGAGCAAAUGAAAGUCUUGUCUGAUAAAAUCUUCAAGUAUUUUAUUAAGAAAUUGAAGAAGUUAUCAGAAGAUUAAGAGUUCUUCUACGCUAUUGGGUCAGGAGGAUUAACAUUGUAAAAAUGGCCAUCCUACAAAAAGAAAUCUACAGAUUCAGUUACAAUGCCCAUCAAAAUUCUAACACAAUUCUUUACUGACCUUGAAAGACAAAUCUCAACUUCAUAUGAAUAAAAAAGGCGAAGCGUAGCUAAAAACAAUCCUGAACAAUAACAUAACAUUAAAACCACCCUCCCUGACUCCACAUUGCACUACUGAGCUUAAUAAUAAAAACACAUAGUAUUAGCAUAGAAACAGACAGAGUGAUCAAUCGAUCAAAGACCCAAACAUAAAUCCACAAACUUAAUGACUUCUGACGAUUUUUAUAACAUCUGAUAUUGGAAGCCAGAAGUCUACACUGUAACAAAAAAUGCAUCACCAACAGAUGGUGCCGGUUAAACUAGAUGUCUUCAUGUAGAAGAAUGUAAAUAAAUUCAUAUUUAUAAGCCUGUACAAAACUGAAAUCCUAGUGGAUUAAAGACCACAACAUAAAACUAGAUACAUUGAACCUGAUAUAAGAGAAAGUAGGGAACAGCCUUGGAUACAAGGAAGCAGGAGACAACUUUCUGAACAGAACAACCACAGUGUAGACACUGAGAUCAGCAGUUAAUAAAUGGGACCCCAUGAAACCGAAAAGCUUCUGCACAGCAAAGGACAUCAUCAUUCAGACUUAGUCACAGGCUACAGAAUGGGAAAACAUCGCCAAUCAUAUAUCUGAACUACUAUCACUAAGAAACUCAAAAAAUAUACUAAGAACUCAAAAGAAAAAACCAAACAAAAAAACCCAAAAAACAAAAACAAACAAACAAAAAAAAAAACAAAACAGAC